UGCUGGUAUGAACCAAUAUCUGUGAGUCAUGUUUCCAGCACCUUGAUGGAUCUACGCCAUGAAGAACCUGGUACUAGCAAAGUGUACCUAAUAAAGUGUAAAAAAGUGAAAGACAUGGACAGCUUACUUUGUCAGCCAAAAGCAGAAGUUGCUAAAAGAGAUGUGUGUGACAGAGUUAAGAAACAACUUGCUCUGUGACUGUAACACGGUAGUAUUUCUCUGUCUACAAUCGCUUAAAGCUCAACAAGACUGUAAGGAUGGCAGACGAAGAAGUCAACUAUGCCUCAGUCACAUUCAACACUAAGAAACUAUCCCGAUCACAAGUUAAAAAAGAGGAGGAAACCAUUUAUGAUGACGUGAAAGUGAAACAUAAAACAACGGAACAAACUCCUGACACAAACAAAUUCUCGAUUGAUGAGAGAUCAGGCAGUAGACGUCAUCACUAUCAGCAGUUGGCCUGUUGUUUGGGCACAUUUUGUGUCAUUUUGGUGUUGGGCAUCAUAGCAGUCACAGUAUACCACAGAAAAUGUAAACCUUGUCAGAAGGGAUGGGAUCAUGUUGAGUCCAGCUGCUAUGCAACAAAUGAUGCUGACAGUAAUCAUUGGAAAACCUGGGAAGCAGCUCGAAAAGACUGCAGAGGAAAGAGUUCAGAUUUGGUUGUUGUGAUUAAUGAAGAAGAAAUGAAAACUGCCAGUGAAAAGAGCUGGAAAUAUAAUGAAAACAAAGGAUACUGGAUUGGUCUGAGAGUUGAAGAUGGGAAAUGGAAAUGGCUGGAUGGAAGAAAUAUGACUAAUAGCUCCUGGAUCGACCAGCGUCCUUCUGAUGGUCACUGUGCAAUCUCUGUUCAAAACCAAGGAUUUAAAUCAGUGAGCUGUAAUGAGAAGAACCGAUGGAUCUGCAAAAAGAAAGCUUUGUCUGUUUGAAUACUGCAGUAAAAAUAUCAUGACUGGUGGAGAUUCUAAAUACAAAAAAACAAUGAUAUUACUAUUAAUUAAAUCUUUAAAUAGAAUGAAAAAAGGAGUUUAAUUAAAACAUGUAGACACAAAAAAAGUUUAACAAAACUGUACUGAUUUUGUUUGACCAGCAGAGGGCGCUGCAUUACUUCCUAUCAAAGACAGUGGUUGUCUAAAGUAUCUGUAGUCUGCCAUUUCUAUAUUUAAGUGACAAUUAUUGUUGUAAAAAAAAUAAUCAACCAACCAACCAAAGAAACAAACAAACAAAAUUGUAAUAGUACUGAACAAAAUAAGCUGAACUUCCUGUUCUUCGCUGUUGCUCAAUGGCAGAUCUUGACAGUGUGACUGAUGACGGAAGUCUAAAUGUAGUGCCGGCUCUCCUCCUUCCUCAUCUGAAUGUUGUUCUUAACUUGAUUAAAACCAUCCGUUCAUCCAUUCUCUGCCGCUUAUCCUUUUCACGGUCGCAGGUCCCAGCUGUCUUGAGGCGAGAGGCAGGGUACACCCUGGACAGGUUGCCAGUCUGUCGCAGGACUAACACAUGGACAGCCAUUUGCACUCACAUUCACACCUAUGGGCAAUUUAGAGUUUCCAGUUAACCUAUUCCCACUAACUGCAUGUCUUUGGACUACUGGAGGAAGCUGGAGUACCCGGAGCGAACCCACACCAUCAUGGGGAGAACUUGCAAACUCCACACAGAAAGACCCCGGCCUGAUGUGGAACUGAACUCAGGACCUUCUUGCUGUGAGGCAACAGUGCUAACAUGUUGGAUGAUGAACACAGGUCAAAAGGGUCAACACACUACCAGUCCAGUCUCCUUGAGGCUUCCACAAAAUUCAGACAGAAUCCACACAUUCCCAAAUCCAAACUAGAAUCACCUCACUACUCCGUGUCAGGAAAUCUCCACACAAACCUGGUCACAGGGACAGACAGGUAAGAAUUUCUUAGCAAACAGUUUUCACAGCAACAAGAACAGGAGCCAGACUUCGCUAAGUGUUUCACUCGGUGAUAUCUGAUCUUCUGUUACUUUCUUAUGAAGCUGCCUGCACAGGAUCAUCAGAAGAAGUUGCGUGACUGUGACCAGGUGUGUGAGCUAGAAGGUGCAAAACCAGCCAUGUCCUCACAAUGCACACUUGCCGCCGUGCACACACAUACAGAAGUAUUUGCCAGAAGCAAGAACUCUGAAGCUCAGAAUGGUUAUAAGAAACAUCUGAUCCACAUAAACUCCAUCAUGUUCCACUCAUCCCAAUUUUUCUAAAAAUGUCUGAAAAACCAGUUAUAAAUUAGCUUGCUAGCUAUUCCUAAAUGUGCCACAUGUUUUGAAUGUGCAGAA